UUUGGCAACGAAGGAAAGUGUAGACGUGGAUUUAGACGGCCUUUUCUCCCUCAACGAACGACCAUUUCCAAGCCCAGCCCAUCGCUAGUCUUCCUUUGUAUUGUUAGGGUUUGGGGAAUCUCCAACACCUUCUUCGUCUUGGAUUCGAAUUCAGAUGGUUCAGCUGAUGAAGAAUUCUGCGAAGGCGGAAACGGCGUCGUGCGCUGACACCAAUAACCCCAUCAAGUUGGAGAUCGUUGAGGACCCACUGGAAGAAGAGCAUGGCCCUCUCAACAAGCGUUGCAAACCCUUUCCCUCUCCAUCGCCUUUGCCUCACCCUCACCCUCAGCAAUGGAGUGCUUCCAGUGAUGCUUCUGUCAGUUCCCCUUCGCAUCUGAAUAUACUCGACGAGCCGAGCCCUUUGGGUUUGCGCCUCAGGAAGAGCCCUUCGCUGUUGGAUUUGAUUCAGAUGAAGUUAUCUCAAGGAAGUGCGCCACAAACCGAAGAUUUAAGCUCUGGAAUCAAAAGGGAGAGCAGGGGUGCUGCCGCUGCUGCUGUGUCGGACAAGCUUAAAGCUUCAAACUUCCCGGCUUCGCUUUUGCGGAUUGGUUCGUGGGAGUAUAAAUCAAGAUACGAGGGUGAUUUGGUGGCCAAGUGUUACUUGGGUUACAUGAGGAUCUUAUCCCUACCUUUAGAGAGUCUAGUUUCAUUAGUAUAA